AUGCAUCUUCGAUGUUCUUCUUAAGGUAUGAGUCCAUAAAUAGAGAUUCUAUAAUCUGAACGUACCUUACUCAAUACACCAGUGACACAUAGUGCAUUAUUUAAGACAUUUACAGAAAUGCCUAAAGCGUACUUGAUAACAAAGUAGAUUUAGUAAAGAAUUCUCAAAAACAAUAUUGCGAAUACCAUCUCCAAGAACAAGACUGAUGAUGUAACUAAGCCAUAACAAAAUUUAACGUGAAUAAAUAAUAUCCCAAAUGACAGAAAGACAUUAAGAAAUUAUAUCAGAUGCUUUAGAUUAAGGCACUUAAAAAAAAUUAAAAAUUAGGGUAGUAUAAAAAUUAAAAAGAAGAGAUCAUUCUCCAAAAAAGAAAGUAAAUUUAAAGGAAGGAGCUAGAAGUAAUAAAUAUAUUUUAUAAAAAGUAUAUUAAAUGCCUAAUUUGGCUUUACCAACAAUAGAAGCUGAAGUAGAUCAUCCUCCAUAAAUGACAUUUUAUGGAGAGACUUAAGAAUUUUUUAGAAGUGCAAAAAGUUUCAGACCUUCAUUUACUGAAAGUGGAUCUAUGGCAUUAUAUGGAGAUUCUUUAUAUUUAUAUGGAGGAAUAGCAGGAGAUGGAAUAAGAGAUUAAAUGUUAAGAUUUGAUUUAAGUAACUAUAUAAUUUAAGUAGGAUUUUAGGAUUGGCAUUUAGUUAAAAGUUAAGGUGAAAUGCCAAAAUUUGGUAGAGCAGAAUUAACAGUAGUUUCUUUGAGAAAUCAUUUUAUAUAUUUUGGUGGAGCUUGCAAAUUCAAUGCAAAAUUAAAAGUUAGAGAAUGUUUUAACACUGUUUUUGAUUAUAAUGCUAGUACAAGAUUUUGGGAGAAGGUUAAUAUCUAAGGAGAUUAUAUAGAACCAAGAAGACAUCAUAAAGCAUGUAUUUAUGGAUGGAAAUGGAUGCUUAUUUAUGGAGGAAUUAAUAGUAAUGAAUAAGUAUUAAAUGAUACUGCUUUAUAUAACAUAGAAAAAAUGAUAUGGAAAUAAUGGGAUGUUAAAUCAACACCUAUUUGUUGUCAUUCCAUUAUUAAUAUAUCGUAAUCUUCUAAAUUUAGUGAAAAUACUACUGAUAUUAUUCCUGUUGAAAAUGUUUAUUCAUUUGGAGGUAAGAAUUAAGAUGGAAAUUCUACAAAUUUAAUCAAAAAACUUAUCUUUUAUCCAAAUACUACUACAGCUAUUGCUUGGGAAAUUAUUUAAACUACAGGUAAACCACCAACACCUUGUCAUAAUCAUACAAUGGAAUUUAUUAAGAAAAUUUAAGGCAUUGUUAUAUUGGGAGGUUAAAGAGAUUAAAUAAUUAAUGGAUCUUUAGAAUCAAAUGAUUGCUUUAUAUUUUAUCCUUCAAUAAAUCUAUGGUAAGAAGUAACAAUGGAAGGUAUUAAUGUACCAAGAUGCGCACAUAAUUCAGUACUUCUUAGUUCAAAAAUAGCUGUUUUUGGGGGUAUAGGAAAUGGAAGAUAUUUGGAACCUUUAAUAAAUUAUAUUGAGACUGAUUAAACUUAAGUUUAAGCAAGAGUUACAAAAGAAUAAUUCACAAAGAGAUAAAAUCAAUAUAUAUAGAAAUCAUAAAAAAAUAGUUUAGAUAAAAUAGAAUCUUUAACUUAUUCUCCUAGAUAAUUUACUUCAUUUCAUAGUGAAGGUCCUAAAGGAUAAGGUUUUAGAAUUAAUACUAAACGUCUCUCCUGUCUUCCUUAAUCUACAAGAUCAUAUUUGCCAUAAAAAAGAUAAGUUUUAGUUAGAUAUGAUAUAUUAAUUGGAUUUGUUAAACAAAUUAUCAAAGAAAACAUAGAUAUUUUGA